AUGUUUCUCUCGCCUCUUCAGGUGCGCCACUCCCGUCGGAGCUUCACAAAUGUUGUAACUUGCGUUUUCUUGGUUGGAUUAUUUUUCGGUCCCACCACAGUGUGCAGUGAAAACGUAGCUCCCAUCAUCCGUGUCGGCUCCGGAUUGUUGGCGGGAGUCCGCUUGCCAGUCGGUGACAAGCAUGUCGACGCCUACCUGGGCAUACCGUACGCGCAACCUCCCGUGGGUGAACUUCGUUUUCAAAAGCCGCGACCCAUUUCUCCCUGGAAAGGAGUGCACAAUGCCACGACCAAGCCGAAAGCGUGCAAGCAGCUGCCGUGCCCGCUGAUUCCCAAGAUGACACUGGAUUACACCAACUCUUCGGAGGAUUGCCUAUACAUCAACGUGUGGAAGCCAACAUCUGUAUGUGCUGAGCCGCACGCUACCUGCAAGCAAAAAAUCCCUGUAUUUGUGUUUAUUCACGGGGGCGGUUUUCAGUGGGGUGACUCUGCUCUUCUCAUCUACGAUCCGGCAAACUUCGUGGCACUCACGGACGUUAUUGUAGUAACUUUCAAUUACCGAGUAGGAAUCGAUGGCUUUCUCUCCCUUGAGAUCCCGGAGAUACCGGGGAACAUGGGCCUUUGGGACCAAAACAUGGUGUUGAAGUGGGUGCGGGGAAAUAUAGCGAGCUUCGGCGGGGACCCGAAUGACGUCACAUUGGGAGGCCAGAGUGCUGGAUCGACGUCAGUUGGACUCCACGUGGUGUCUCCUCACAGUAAGGGGCUCUUCAAGAGGGCCAUUAUGCAAAGCGGAAGUCCAUUGUCCAUGGUAGCAACAAUAUACUUCAGGGGAGAAGGGAAGUUCAUAAGUGCGGCAGGCGCCCUGGGUUGCUACGACCCGAAAAAAGUGCUCAAGGAGCAGCUCAAAGACGUCAUCGCCUGUCUUCGUCGAUUAGAUUCGAGUUUUAUAUUAAACGCCGUCAGUAAGUUUGAUUUCGUACAGCGCAUGUUCGUGCCCAUCGACAAGGAUGACUUUUUACCGCAUUCCAUCCUGACACCACAGUCGUGGACGGACAUGGGUAUCGGAGAACUACUGUUGGGUACUACUCUAAAUGAGGCUACAAUGUUCCUUAGCGUGUUACAGGACGCCUUCCAUGAACUACUGGGUAUGUUGAAGUCUCAAUACCGAAUGGUCUGUAUCAUCAUCAUGGCGCAGACAUUGAACCUCCCUGUUUCGAAGUCGAAGGAGAUUGUACGGGCUUACUUCGGCCCUGACGACAAGGAGCACAGCUUUGAAGAAGUCCAGGAUACGCUUUCUAAGAUGUUAGGCGACGCGGUGUUCGACUGCCCGGUGCAACUUUUCGCCGACAGCGCUUCCAAACGGGGAGUCAAGACGUACAGGUACCUAUUCGGCCACCGACCUGCGUACAGUUUUUAUGACGAGUGGAUGGGUGUGACGCAUGGUGAGGAACUGUUUUACACAAUGGGGUCUUUGCCGUUCAUCAACGAUCAGAGCCGUUUCACCGACGCGAUGGGUAAGGACAUAAGAGAUCUCAUGGUAUCCAAGAAAUACACAACGAAAGAUGAAGCGUUCAUGAAAGAAAUCGUGGACUGCUUGGGGUUCGUUCAUUAA